AUGUCGUCGUCCGUGAUGGACCAAGUCAAGCAGGCGUUGCAUGCAAUGUACUCAGCGUCCAAUGAGACCGACAAAAUCAACGCCUCCAAGUUUUUGGAGCAGUUUCAAAAGUCAGAAGCCGCGUGGGAAAUCACCCAUACUAUUCUCACAUCCAACGAUUCAUUAGAAGUGGUACUUUUUGCGGCACAAACUCUUCGUUCCAAGGUCACCUACGACUUGAACCAGCUCCCGGAACACAAUUAUACGCAGCUCCGUGAAUCUUUACUUCAAAUGCUUUCAUCGCAGUCACAUAAAGUGGUUCGGACCCAGCUCAGCAUCGCCGUUGCUCAACUAGCACUUCAAGAUUUAGCAUGGCAUAAUACCGUGUCUGAUAUAAUUGGGGCUCUUUCGCAGGAACAGCUUCUUCCGUUUCUUUUGGACGUUCUUCGAAUUUUGCCAGAAGAACUUUCGGAUCUGGCAAAGACAUCGCUCACCGAUGCCGAGUUCAACCAACGAACUUCAGAGCUUAUAACCGAUAAUGUCGAGAGGGUGUUGCGGGUACUAGCAGACCUCGCUCCAAACAAGUCCCUAAGCUCGCUCGUUCUCGACUGCUUGAACAGCUGGAUCAAAGAAUGCCGCAUCGAGGACAUAUUGACUGUCACUCCUCUCACAUCAUUAAUAUUCGAGUCUUUAACCAAUGACGACACCUUUGACCGUGCCGUGGAGUGCCUUUGCACCAUUCUCCGUGAAACUCGCGACAUAGAUAACCACGAAUUGAUCGAUGCAUUGUACCAACAGGUGCUCCAGCUUAAUGCAUUUAUGACGUCGCAUCCUGAAAAACUUGAAGAUCCCGAGACUUUUGAUGGACUUGUUCGUCUUUAUGUUGAAGCCGGCGAAUCGUGGCAUGUUUUAAUUGCGAAAAACCCUGGCCAUUUCCGUGAAUUGGUGGAAAUCUUGCUCAAAUGUACUGCCUACAACCAGGAUUUGGACGUGGUCAAAUACACCUUUUACUUCUGGUACCUCCUUAAACUGCUCUUGACGCUUCCUCGGUUCAAGGAAUCAAAGGUGGCUUUUGCAGAUAUCUACGAGUCGUUAAUUUCCGUCAUUAUUGUUCACUUGACCUACCCAGCAGAUGCCGAUGAUUCUAACCUCUUUCAAGGCGAUAAAGAACAAGAAGACAAAUUCAAGGAGUUCCGUUACGAAAUGGGUGACGUGCUCAAAGACUGCUGUGCAGUAGUAGGAGCCACAAGAGCCCUCAAUAUUCCAUUUCAACAACUUCAAAAUACUAUAUCUUCGUCUGAAAAUGCUAAAUGGCAACAGAUUGAAGCACCGCUCUUUUCCAUGCGUACGAUGGCGAAGGAAGUGUCCAACAAAGAGAAAACCAUUCUUCCAGUUAUCAUGGGUUUCUUGGUCCAACUCCCUGAACAUCCUAAAAUCAGAUACGCUGCAACCUUGGUACUUGGUCGCUAUACUGAAUGGACUGCGAAAAACCCACAAUACUUGGAACCACAACUUAACUAUAUCAUUGCUGGAUUCAAAGGAGAGACCACCAGUGACAUCAAGGUGGCUGCUUCACACGCAUUAAUGUACUUUUGUCAAGACUGUUCUUCGCUUUUGGUCAAUUACUUGGAACAACUUUAUCUCUUGUAUGGCCAAAUUAAGGACCAGAUAGAUCUCAAAUCACACUAUGAGCUCGCCGAUGGCUUGGGCCAUGUUAUACUGCAAGUUUCUGAAGAAAACCGGUUCCAGACUUGUGAAAUGUUCUGGAAACCUACUGUUGAAAAUCUCAAUAGAGUAUUGAAAGAAGCUCAACCUGGGGAUGAAAAGGCCAACGUCCUCAUUGCAGACCAAGUGGAGAUCAUAACUACAUUUGUAUCAGUGCUUAAAGCUCCUGGUUUUGACGAGCCAGCAUUCCUGGUGUGUACUCUAUUUAUCAAGGAUGUGUGGCCAUUAGCAUCGCAGCUUCUACAGAAAUUCGGAGGCUCGCUCAAGGUUAGUGAGCGUCUAACCAAACUUAUCAAAUCUGCCAUCCAGUCGUUCAGCACUUAUCUCAAUCCAAUUCUUGCUGAUAUAGCCAACUUGUUGCAUGGAGGUUUCCAGCAGAAUAAAUAUGGAUGCUACUUGUGGGUUUCUGGAUCAUUAGUGAGAGAAUAUGGCGACGAGUAUACUACCGAUGAUAUCAAGAAGGCGGUAUAUCAAUUUGCAUUGACCCAAUGUUCGAGUUUCUUUGAUAUUGCCGGAUCAUAUACGAACAUCAAGGAGAUCCCAGAUUUGAUCGAGGAUUUUUUCCGAAUGCUCAACGAUAUCCUCAUGUAUUUUCCACUCGAACUCAUUCCAGAUUUCGCAUUCCUCAACACCACUCUCACCACUAGCAUUCACACCAUGGACCAACUCGAGGAAUUCGACCCAUUGAUUUCCUGUCUACAUUUCCAGAUAGAUUUUGUAUCAUGGGGCUUGCCUCACCCCCCAAUCUCUUUUAUGGGAGAUAACCCUCCACACAUUCAGGAUAGUGUAAAGCGGUUCUUGAUGGAGGAUAACCGAGGUGCACGAUUGCUUAAAGCGGUGAUGGAGGGAUUGAUUUUUAGGUUCCAUGCCGAUUUACAACAGGACGCCAGCGACCUUCUACUUAAAAUAUUAACAGUGGUUCCAGACCACGACCUAGCAUUAGGAUGGUUGAAUCAAGUUGUUCAUCAAUUACCUAACGUUGGCGAAAAAGAGGUGCAAAAAUUGAUAAGUAUAGUUUCGGUCGCACUACCAAAUAAGGACAAUCGAAGAGUACGAACCGGGCUACGUGACUUUGUUAACUGGUACGCGCGGAAAAAUGUCACCCCUAGAAGUAUAGCAUAA